UUUGUUCUAGCACCAGAGUCUCUUUGGACCUGCACUCGACUGGUAGCAAGAUAACCGCUCCAAUCUUGACGUUGACGAAUUCUAUGCACCAUGUCUGUGCCAAGUUUCAUCACUGCCCCUGAAUUCGAAGGUGGACCUCCUCAGGGAUUGAGUAUCCCCUUCCGACUUCGAUGGUCAAAGACACACCCUCCCAAGGAGCCAAUCGUGACCUUCAAGGGCAGAACGGUGCUCGUCACUGGCGCCAACACAGGAUUAGGCUUCGAAGCGGCAGUCAAGUACGCUGCAUUUGGCGCGGACAAGAUCAUCCUCGCCGUCCGCUCCAUUGAAAAGGGCGAGGAGGCCAAGAAGCGCAUCGUCGAGCGAACCGGUCGGGAUGCCACCGACAUAUCCGUUCUGAAACUCGACCUGGGGGAGUACUCGUCGGUCAAGGAUUUUGUCAGCGCCCUGCACGAGGUCACGCCCACGCUAGACGUCGCAUUACUCAACGCCGGCCUCGGAAACCCAACGUACGAAAAAUCCUCGGCGGGGUGGGAGAUGGCCGUGCAGGUCAACGUCCUCUCCACCGCCCUCUUGGCCAUGCUGUUGCUGCCCCUGCUUCGAUCCUCUGCUGCAGCCUCGGGUGCAAAAUCGCACUUGACUUUUGUGAACAGCUUCGCGCACACCUUGGUCCCCAGGGACUUUCCGUUGAUCGAAGGGAGCAUCCUCAAGACGGCCACCGACGAGAGCAGUUGGAAUGCGUCCAGCAGUUAUAACAUUGUGAAGCUACUCGCAAUGGCCUCGGUGCAGGGUUUUGCACGCAUGGAGGCCGGCGAGGACCAGCAGCGAGUCAUUGUGAAUUCCGUGUGUCCCGACCUGUGCGAGACCGAUCUGGGUCGCAAGUUCACAGGCUUCAUAUCAAGCAUCGGGAAAGCCAUUUUCUACUACUUGUUUGCCCUCUCUGCCGAGGAGGGUGCACGAUGCCUGAUCGGUGCAACGGCUUUGGGGCCUGAGAGUCACGGCCGGUUUUGGCAUCACGACUUUUUAUAUCCAUUCGGUGAGCUUGCCCAAGACCAGGCUCUUAUGAAAAAGACGUGGAACGAGAUUAUAGAGGCGGUUGGUCGAGACGAGCCUGAAAUACUACAAUUGUGUCGCACCACUUGACAGUCGAUGGCAGAUUGAGCUAUGAACCGAGUUGAAAGAACAGACUGUUAUGUCUAUUGGGAAGGAAGUUUAUAGUCGUAAACUAGUCGUGCCUGGACUUUUUCUUCACCUUCACCCUUAGUGGUAGUACAGUAUUUACAAAAUCGUCUUUCUCCGU